AUGGCCGAAUCCGCCCCUGCUUCCGUCCCUGCUUCCGCGCCGUCGAGCGUCGUUUCCAGACCUGUCAGCGAGGCUCUGCUCAACGAGAAGUGGGAUCGCUGCUUGUCCAACUUGCUCGUCAAGUCCGCAAUUGGUCUCGGCUUCGGUGUCGUCUUUUCCGUCCUCCUAUUCAAGCGACGAGCCUUCCCUGCCUUCAUUGGCGCCGGUUUUGGCGCCGGCCGAGCCUAUGAGGAGUGCAACGUCAACUUGAAGCAUGCGGCCCGAGACCUGAAGAAGCAAAGUACAUAA